GUUUUGGGAUUGCUUGGUUGCUAGUGCGCCUCGGUGUCUUUAAGGCUUUAGGGAGAGGUUCACUGGAGGUUUCUGCGGGGAGAAGAAGGGAGUCAGACAGGCGACAAGCAGUGCCGUCUUGGCCCCGGGGCAGAGGCUGGGAGUGCGAGGGGGAGCCAAUGAGAGGGAGACAUCCACUCCUUCUCUCCUGCCCGGCUUGGCUCAGCUCGGCGCGCCCUGUAAUUAGGAGCUCCACUUGUGGGCUGGGCGCCGCCACCGUGGACAACUUGGGAACGCCAGCUCCACACUCUUGUCUCUUUGUCUUUAGCAUUACUGAACACUUGCCGGAACAUCGUGAACAAUGAACGGGCAACCAUCACCUGCCUUCGAGGAGAAGAAACCGAACCUCCGCGCGUCCCCGAGCCUGGCGGAGCCUUCACCCGCGGAUAUGGGCUUCUACGGCGGCCACGGCGCGCUCCAUGGCUCGCAGGAUUUUUACGCAGCGCAGCAGUCUUACUCGACUCAACACAUGAGCCCUUACGCGUACACCCACUACAACCUGAACGGGAUGGUCCCCGGUGGCGCCUUCCCAUGCGGAAAAAGCGAGUACACGUACCCGCAUUCGGCGUACAGGGAGCCCGGGGGCUUCAGCAGAGAGACGCAGUCAACACUUCCAGAUAGUGUGAAAGAAGAACCAGAGAUGGAGGUUCGGAUGGUAAACGGGAAGCCCAAGAAGGUUCGGAAGCCACGGACAAUUUACUCCAGCUACCAGCUAGCCGUCCUACAGAGGAGAUUCCAGUCGGCCCAGUACUUGGCCCUACCAGAGAGGGCCGAGCUGGCCGCACAGUUGGGCCUGACGCAGACACAGGUCAAAAUAUGGUUCCAAAACCGUCGCUCCAAAUUCAAGAAACUCUACAAGAAUGGAGAGUUUCCACUGGGGGACAUUGUGCUGGAGCAAAGCCCAGAGGCAAGCGAUUCAAUGGCUUGCAACUCUCCCCCAUCUCCGGCUGCGUGGGAAAACAACAAUAGCAGCGGCAGCAACGCCCCCAACAACACAAGCAGCAACGACACAAACACUAACAGCAGCCUCAAGAAUAAUACAAUGCUGGGCCCUACCAGCAGGGGGCAGGAUUCCUAUCAGCCCUCAGGUGAUUCCUCCUCUGUCUACAUGGAGGAGUACACGCACCAGAAUUGGUACCAGCAGCAGGACGCACAUUUAGGGUUGCAGGCGGCUGGCACUACCCACCACACGUCGUCAUCGGCGCCCCCCGCCCCCAUUGGGGCCGUUUACUGAGUCCCAAACAUACUGAAGACAUUCAACCCAAACAGGAGGGAAGUUUUGGGAUCAUCCAGAAAUACCCAAAGGCGUUCCUCUAAAGCAGGAUGAAAAUGGACUUUCCAUAUUGAACAUUUGAAACAUGACCAAAGUUCCCAAAUGCAUUCAUUUGCUUAAUACCAUUUAUAGCCAUAGACAGACUACUGUUGAUAUUCUACAUUUAAGUUGUUUAUUUUUUUUGAGGAAGCCUGGAGAUGGGAUCGAACCCGGCAACCUCUGAACUUUAAGGUGGACAGUGUGCCACCGCGUCACAAUUUUUCUGUACUAAAGUAAUAAUAAUUUUGUAACCAAUUAAAUCAUUAAGUUACAUAUAAUUUCACAGCGCACAGUUAUAAGGGAUCGCUGCAACCCCGUAAGAUGUUUAAGUAACCAAUUAAAUAAUGAAGUGAUAUAUAAUUUCACAGCGCACAAUUAUAUGGGAUGGCUGCAAUCCCGGAAGAUGUAUAAGUGGUGUAUGUAUUUUCAGUAUGGCCAAUUUAGUCAGAAAAUACUGAAAGUGAAUUAGAAAAUAAUUUGCAAUGCUAUCUAACAACAAAAACACAUCUCAAUAGCCUUGAUUCAAAUUUUGAAGCCUGAUAUUACAAGUGAAAAGAAUUAGAGGGCGUCAUGAUUAUACCUUUUUCCUAACUGUUGUUUGUUGAUGAAGGCUGAGUCGUUUCAAAGUCGUCAUACAAGCAGAACAUGUGGCCGGGAUGUUUGUGAUGACACUCGGCAAGUAAAGACAAAUUCGUGUGAGGGAGGGCCGAGGUUAUAUACUUGACAUGCAAGUUGAUUUGUUAGUUGUUUGAACUUUUUGGAGUUAUGAGAGAAACAGAAAGCCAGGUGUGGUGUAUUGUCACUGGCAUGACGUAAAAUCUCCGCCAUGACAUUUACCGAACCCUAAGAAAGUAUUUCAACCCUCGGUCUGACAAUUAAAACUUCUGUAGGUGUUGUCAUUCACGGUGCAAUUAUUUUGUCAUUUAGGAAUGAGGAUGCGACGGGUUUGUAAUGACCUUAACUGUUUCGUUGAGCAACAUGUGCCGCCAACUUCUCUGUGCUACUGGAUUGGUUUCUCUUAUUACUCAUAGGUCAGGCCAUUACAGACCAAUGUGCGGUUCACAAAGUCUAAAUGUCACUAAAAACUUCCCUAUUGAAAACGACUUGACCAUAAGCAUUCCUAUAUUUAGUUUGAAUGGAACAGGACAAAAAAAAGAAAAGAUCUCCAUUUAGUGAGUUGUUUAGCAUUGUUUGUCAAAUUGCGUUCCCAGACUGCUGCAGUCAAUGUUUAUUCUUGCUUGCCCUACUUAGCAAGUCUCAAUGUUGGCGUCGUUAAGGUAAUUUGGCAAUAUCCUCAAGCAAAUGCAACACAAACAAGUGUGGAAAGAAAAUAAUGGUGAGAUCAUUUAAAUGGAUAUUUACAUAUACCUGUAUAUAAAAUAGAAGCGGCAAAUGGUGCUAAAACACUUUCAUAGAAAAUGUAUAUUUUAUUGGUGUGUGACACGUGAUAAUAUUUUAUUUAUAUUUUUGGAUCAAAUUUGGUACAACAGUCUGCAUAUUUGAAAUAAAACAUUUGACUUUA